AACAUUAUAAAUUACUCUUAAUUAAAAUUCUUAUAUGUAUCAAAAUUUUCGUUCAAUAAAGUACUAAAAAUAUUGACACUUUUAGGCACUGCUGGGUCAGUGCUGACUUGAUUUCUGCAGUAGUUCCAUAAACUCUGUACGGUAUAUACAUUGUUUGUAAUUUGACAGUAAGGCAAUGAUCUAUUUCGACAAAUCAGUGAUGGGUUUUGUGUUAGUUUUUUCUAAAUACUGCAAAUCCAUGACCAUCGCUUAAGUUCUUUUUUUACGAUCAAUAAACCGCCUGUAUAACAUUGCGUGAUUUUCCGUGAAAAAUUGAAUUUGGUCGUCGCGAUGAAAUGUAGCGAUAACAAGUAAAAAUCAUAAAGUAGUGAACAAUGACAAUUUUAAAUAAUCAUAAAUUGCAGUUUUGUUAAUUAACGCGAUCUAAUUAUGCAAAUAUUCCGGAAUAAUGAUUAAUUUUUAAUGACAUGAAAUAAAAUGAACAGGUUGCAAAUUUUCAAAUGUGCCAGAGGAAGAGCACUAAAAAUUUCACUUAAGAAGUUUCAUUAACCUGUGAUAAGUAAUUCUCAAAAACAUUAGAAUACUUUGUAUUUAGAUUUCUUCUUGUAUAAUUGGGAUUUGAAUCCUCUGAUUAAAUGAAGAAGAGUACAAUGCAUUUGCAACAAAGGAAACUGGAAUAAUUUAAUAUUACUGAAGAGAAUCACCAAUAUCCUUUAUCAAUUAAAAAAUAAGCAAGAUACAGUAAAGAAUACUAUAUAUUUAGAUUUUGUAGAUUCAAAGUAAAUAUUUCUAGAAGCUUGAUACACGUAACAAAAUCAAGAUGAGCAUUCAGUUGGAUAUUGUAAUAAGGCCAGAGAUCCGCUUGGAUGCAAAAUGGCUGAAAACAGAUCUGAAACGUUUACUUUAUCGGGAUGGUUUGGCAGAGCUUUGGAAUGAAAUGGUACAGGAUGGUGAAAUUGUAGGUUCCUUCAGUGAUGGACUAAUUAAUGCAGCUGGUAUAAUAGCCAAAAAAGGAGAAAGUGGUCAUUAUUAUUGUAACAUGAGGGUUUUGUCCUGUCUGUGUUGCGAUGGAAUUUGCGGUCCGCAUCGUGGUUGUAAUUGUGGACCUUGCCAAAAAUUAGACGAGGAAGAAGCAGCAAGAGCAAACAAGCAUGUAGAAAAAAGUAUGCCAAGCCAACAAGUGAUAGAUUCGUGGCUUUGGGGUCCUCAACCAUCUAUUUCUGAUCUAACAACAUGUAUUGAUUUAUUGAUCAAGGAACAAAGAAAACUGUGUUAUGAAGUUGCAAAUAGUACAUUGUCUGCUACUCGAUUACGGCAACGCUUAGUCGUAGCACGUCGAUACUUGACAGCUCUUUCUCGUCAUGAACCUCAGGAAGCUAAAGAUAUCCCACCGGCGCUAAAACCUGCUACUAAAUUGCAAAAAAUUAUCAGACCGAAUGAGAAAGCAACAUUAGGUUUAGCACGAGUAGGCUCUCGUGCGGCAUUAAAUUUUUCCUUCGCAUACUUACGACGAGCUUGGAGAUCCGGAGAAGAUGUAGAAUUUUGUAGCGAGCUUCUGUCCGAAUCACUGGAAGCGUUACAGUCAUUGCCUGAGGCUACGCUUUUUGACGAAAACAACGUUUCCCAAGUUUGGUUGGAAGUAGUUGAACGAUCAGCGAAAUUUUUGAGACAAGUUGUUACAGGAGAGAUAGUUAACGGAAGAUCAUGGUGUCCUAUCCCAUUAGCCGAUCAACAUACGGCUCUUUGCUUGUUAUUAGAAUUGGUAACGCAGAGAGCUACACUGUCAAGUUUACUGGAUUCCGUUUGCUUGUUGCUUCAUUUGAGUGGUAAACAUAAGCAUCAAGAUAAUCGUGUUAUGCCACCUGGAAGCAUGGCACCAUUGGUUCCAUUACUUAGAAGAUUGAACGCUAUUCCAGCCUUAAAAUCAAGACGAACAGAUGUAAACGUGGCGCCAGGUCCUUGCGAAGUUUUGCUCAAGUAUCUAAGGCUACCCGAGGAUGACUCGACGUCCGUUGAUUUAAGAAAAGCAGCAGUGAUUAUAAUGUGCAAUCUAAGCAGAUUAGCUACUCCUCUUUUACCGCCGAUCAUAACCGAUAGGUUCUUGAAAAAUCAAAAUCAAACGCUUGAAGAAGUUCUAGCUUGGGGCAGCGUGAAAUUCGGUGGCAAUGGAUCGUCUCCGUUUUAUUGCGACGCUAUCGCAGAACUUGGUAUUAAACAGCUAUGCUGCACCGAAAGAGCGCUAAUGAUUCUCUCCACCAGUGGAAAUGUGUACAUGAUGUAUUAUGGGUCGGAAACUCAAUACCCUCAAAGAGUGUACGGAUUUUCGGAUAAAUCUGUCAUAAUGAUCGCCUCUCAUCCAGAUGGUAAACAUUAUUUAGCACUGACUCAAGACAGUUCCGUGUAUUCGUGGGGAAACGGGGACGGUGGUCGAUUAGGACACGGAGAUAGGACGUGGUACGAAGAGCCAAAACUGAUCGAGCCGUUGGUCGACAAGAACAUCACGUUUAUAGCUUGCGGGAGUACUUAUUCGGCAGCUCUCACCUCGAAUGGUGAAUUGUACACCUGGGGGCGAGGGAAUUAUGGCAGAUUGGGCCACGGAAAUUCAGACGACGUAACGGUACCUACGUUGGUAAGCGCCCUGAACGGACACAUGGUUGUAUACGUGGCGUGUGGUAGCGGUGAUUCUCAGACACUGUGCGUCACCGCGUCUGGUAUAGUAUUCUCCUGGGGCGACGGUGAUUACGGAAAGCUUGGUAGAGGAGGCUGCGAUGGAUCGAAAACACCGAAGAUAGUCGAUAAAUUGUUGGACAUAAACGUGGCUAAAGUGUACUGUGGCGGGCAAUUUUCAGCAGCGUUAACUGCAUACGGAGAAGUGUACACUUGGGGAAAAGGAGAAGCGUAUCGUUUGGGCCACGGGAACGAGGAGCAUGUAAGAUAUCCGAAAGCGAUCGAAGCGUUGAAAGGGAAAAAAGUGAAGGAACUGUGCGUCGGAAGCUUACACGUACUGGCAUUGACAGAGGAUCAAUUGGUUUAUGGAUGGGGUAGGAACGAUUAUGGUCAGAUCGAUCCAGCGUUGGGCACCGUCGUGUCGGAGCCUACACUCUGUCCGACACUGUCCGGUAAAAACGUGAUCGGCCUAGCUUGCGGACCAACGCAAAGUUUCGCAUGGUGUACAUCGGCCUGGUCGGUUGCCAGCCGAGUAGCAUUCGUCGUGGACAUUUGCGAAGACACCUUUCGACUUUUGGACACGCUGUUGAGCAAGGCAUGCGAAGGAUUGCCAAGCGUGCGACCACCUACCCAAGACCGCGAAUGUUUAGCCGUCGCAACGUUGAACUUGAUCCGAUUACAAUUGCACACUAUGAUAACGCACAACAUCGACUGUAAAUCGAUCGGUCUGGCUGGCAGUCCGUUAUUGAAUUCUUUGAAGCAACGAUGCGUCACGCUUGCAAGCGGCAUAGGAAUUCUAGCAACGAUUCAAGAGGCGGCCCAAGCUGUUUUACAAACCGGUUGGAGUAUUUUAUUGCCUACAGCGAACGAACGCGCAAAGACUCUGUCGAAUUUCUUAUCGAAAGCGAACGGUAAUUUGGAGCAAAUAAAUGCAAGCAACAACAACAAUAACAACAACAACGGUAACAGUAACAGUAACAAUAACAAUAAUAACAGCAACGGUCAACAGUUUAUGGCCGAUUUACUGGUUUCCAGCUUAAUGGCGGACGGUGGUCUAGAAUUAGCGCUGAAAACGGCGGUGAAAGCAGAGACGACCGAUGUCGUGGACGAAAAGGAAUUUCUCACUAUAACUAAAACCAGCGACACGAAACAAGCGAAGGAAUUGAAUUCAGAAAAGAACCACACUACCAUAUCGUUGUUACAAUUGAUAAAACAAUUAAUUAAAAAUGGUACCUGCAUCACGCAAUCAAGAUUAGCGGCCGCUGACCAGUCGGAUCGUAAUUGCGAGGAAUCGCAACGAAGAGAUAGUUAUCCCAGCUUGAAUCUUCUGUUAAAAUUUCAACGGUUGCUGAUCGCUCAAGUAUACGAGUGCAUCAACGAGUCUGAGACGAAGAAUUUACGCGAUCAGGAGAUGCUCGGAGCGGAGUCGCUCUUGAAGAAAUACAUUUCACAGAUUUCUGUUCACGUGAUCGAGGUGAUGACACUAGCCGCCGAAUUAGCAAACACCAGCAUCAAGCGGUUCGUUUUCGUCAGCACCAUCUUGAAGAGCGACAUCGCGAACGUUUUGUUACCGGAAUUAGUUACUUGUCUAAUCUUGUUGCAACUGGACCAUCCAAUGUUGUUGCUCAACAUGAAUUGGAUGGAAAUAAUGACCCCGAUGUUGGACGCGUUAGAUCAGUUCAACAAAUUAGUGCCAACGAUCGAGAAGAACGAAAUGGACGAUCUGUCCUGGCCAGGAAUUAUAGCUCCGCAGCACGGUAAUAAGGUUUCGAUCUCGGACGAACCUUCGGUCAUCCGUUGGGCGGAUUUGGAGAAUCAUAAUCGCGACGGUGGUCUUUGGGUGGUGGUGAACAACAACGUGUACGACGUUCAAGAUGUUCGUCUGGAGGGAAAGUCGAAUUCGUUGGAGGGUUUACAAAGAAGCGUUGCCGGUAGCUGGGACGGUUCAGGCGAGAUAACCGCACCCCGUGGUCAAUUGGCGCGAACAAUGAUGGAUUCUUAUUUCGUCGGUCAUUAUUGUCACUCGGAGCCCGAGAACGCUGAAAUUACCAUCGACGUUACGGACGUAUGUUCUUCUUUACUCGACACGGAGAGAGCUUUAGCUUUUCUCUUGGGACUACACGCUCACAGAAUGCGACAAAGUUUACCUUUACAAACGGCCGAAGAGGAGGCCGGGAUUUGGUUGAACAGGAAUUUUCUUCGAGGCGGUUUACAGAUCUUACAACCGCCGAAUCCUUACGAGGAGGAAAAGGACGAAGCGAGAAGCAACACGUCGACGGCGGCGAACUCUCCGACGGAGCCUCCGCUUCUUCCUGUACGCGAUCGCAAGAACGAGCCGCAAAAGGAAUGGGACGAUCGUGUGACCGCGUUUAUAUGCGCCCUGGCGGAGACUCACAACAGAAGCGACGCACAAGUGCAAACUUUUUUGACUCUAGUCGAGAAAUACUCGAAGGCCAAUAAUCUUUUAGCCCAUACAGAUUUUUGCGGCGAUCAUCCGGUCGAGGAAGUUAGCAGACUUUUAAUGGCUGUUAUCAUCAAACACCUCGCUUUAGGCAAUCAGGCGAUCAGCUUGAUCGAUCAGGAAACCGGAAACGAUAACGGUGCUAGACUAACGAAGCCGUUGGCCGAUAUGGUCAGAGCGAUUCAUCAGACCAAAUGGAACUUGAUCAGGAUCAGGCAGCAACAGAACAGAAGUUACAAGGAGGUUUGCGCUCCGGCACAAGAGAAAUGCAGAUUCCUUCUGCACGAAGUGCGUUCGGCUACCAGUUACGAGAUCAAAGGGUUACGUGAUCUGAAACUGUUGCACACGACGCCGAGAUUCAAGAAGACCGUUCAGACGACGAUCAGGGACAUUCGAAAGAACAGAGAAUCGCCGAGCAAACCCGAGGACAUAGUGAACGUUUCGAUUCAGAACGCAAAGAUGAAGAGUAAAUCGGACGGGGAUACGACGCCGAAGGAAGCGAAGCCACCGGCUUCGCCGAGAUUCGAGAGUCUGUCGGACGCGAAGAAAAUGUGCGGCAAGAUAACCGAAAGGAUCAGGCAACGAACGUUGAACAUCGACUCGAACGAACUGAUGACGAAUAUCAUUAAUUUUGUGAUCACAGAGGACGGUGGAGACGUCGAGACUCUGCGCAGAGCCAUGUACUGUCAAAUGCAACGUGCGAAAUUACGCGAACAAGGUAUCCUUAUGAUGCAGCAGUUGCUGAAGAAGGACUGUUUGAUCACGUCGGUCAAGUAUUCGUUGUUAAACGGUUGGCUCGGCUUGUCUCACGAGAAUAAGUUCCUAGCCGACGGGAUAAUUCAUUGCCUUCAAGAUAUUCGUUCGAUAACACCGUAUCAAAAGUCGAAGAUCAUUUUAGCCGAAGCAGAGGUUACAUCGUGGGCGGUUCAAGCUUUACGAGCGUUCGUAGUUCAGGCAGAAGUGCCAACCAAGCCGAAAGUUAGCGACAAAAGCAGCUUGAAUCAGGGUACGUACACCUGGUUGCGGAAGUUGCCCAGGGCAAGAUUCUUGCUCACGAUACUGGGCAUGAUAUCGAAUUAUCAACACGCGAACGAAAUUGGCUUGCUAAUCAAUUCCGGCACCGUGUCGAGCAUUCUGACGUUGCUCAGGCAAAUCGGACCGUCCACGUUCGCGGACGAAUCGAAAGCAAAGGAGGCGACUACGGCCAUAUACGAGGACAGCUUGGAGAAGACGAAACCGGCGAGCGUUCAGCUGAACGGUAUGGAACUGGCGGCUCUGAUGAAAACCGGAACAAGGGUGGUUCGUGGCGUCGAUUGGAAGUGGGGCGAUCAAGAUGGCCCGCCACCGGGCGAGGGUCAAGUGAUCGGAGAGCUUGGCGAGGACGGCUGGAUUCGAGUGCAAUGGGACAACGGUACCACCAACUCGUAUCGCAUGGGCAAGGAGGGAAAGUAUGAUUUGAAACUUGUGGAACCACCAACACCACCCGAGACCGACACCGACGUCGAUUCUCCGUUGGACGGGGCUGUCGCUAAAGCGGAAAAAAGGAACGAUUUCACGGAUGUGCAUCCGACUACUUGUCUCAAGUCCGCUUCCGUCACCGUGCUCAGGCUUGCGCUGCUCUGUUGCGGCAUCGAAGCCGAUAAAGUAUCCCCCUCCGCCAUAAAGAUACUCGCUUCGGUUUUACGCGGUAUCAUAUCUUCCGCGUACAAAUACAAUUUGAGUAGCCACUCGCAAUUAGCCAGAGAACAUCACGAAACUUGGGCGACCCUUGGUUUGCUCCGAGCGAUCGCGAAAUCGACGGAACUCUGCAAGGCUUUGAGCACCAACGCGUGGAUCGAUUUCCUCUUGAGCGUCAUUGCCGAGGAGGCGAAUCCGAACCUGGAGAAGCAGAUAAUGGCGGUGCGUUUGUUGGCCGCAGUUUUACCCUCCUGGUCCGCUGACAAUCCCAACAUGACGCCGUUAUUGGAGAAAAUCUUUCGUAUACUUGGACACAUCGCGCUUGCUUGCGAUCUCGGCACUUCGUCGGAGCUUUACUCGAACAAAUGUCGCGUAUCUCUUACCGCCUCUCACAGUUCCACCGUCGCGGAGGAGCUCGUCUCUCUGAUUCGACACUUGCAUUCCCUUUCGAAGUGGAACGCCAGCUUGAACGGGUUCCUCGCUUCGAAGUUGUCGCUUGCCUCGGAUCUAUUGAGCGACGGACCACUGUUUCACAUACAAGUGAACGAGAAUGGAGGCGAGAAUAGUGUGAAUAUACAAGAUACCGUGAUGGCUGCUCUGAUCGUCGUGGGAAGUCUGGACGACAGACCGAGGAUCGGCGGUUUGGUCGACGUUGACGGACAAAUUGGCACGAUAUGUAAAUUCACCAGACACUCGAAGAUACUCGUACAGAUGCACGACGAGAACGACACGCGCAGAAAGGUUCCUUUCGUCGCGAUUAAACGUAUCGGUGAGAGGUUUCGUUUGGAUCGGAUGCCUUUGCCAGAUUGUUUCGUACCCACUUGGGCCAAUUUAUUGCUGGGUUAUCAAGGAAUGGACAAGAGACCGAACGGUAUGCCUGUGAUAGCCGGUACCGUAAACGCGUCCAUCUUACGCAGUCAACAGCAACAGCUUGCCGCGUUGAACGCGGGCAAAGCAAUCUUGGAUCAUCAAUCGAAACUUCGAAGAGUGUUGAGAUACGUGAUAAAUAAGAGUAACGGCGUUAGUAACGUUAACGAUGACAUCGGCUGCUGCUGCGACGAAAGCAACGUCGGUGUCCCCGGAGCUACCGUUCUUCUCGAGGAUCACGUUCACGAUAAUCUAGAAAACCUGGAGCACAAUCACGAUCUGGAUCACGAUUACGAUCACAACCACGACCACGAUCACGAUCACGAUCACGAUCACGGCGAUCAUAACGAGGAAGAUAACGACGGCGAGGAUGUUGGCGACGACGAGGGCGAGGACGCAGGAGGUGGAGACGGCGACAACGGGAGAGAAUUCCGCGCAUCUAGUUGUGUUCACAUCAGCGACAACAGCGAGGCGAUUCGUCGGGUUGGCGAGGCUGUGAUCCAACGAGACGGUGAUAGCUACAACGCGAACGACGAGGACAGUAACAGCAGCGUCGGUGGUAAGGAUGUUUCUCGGCCGAAACGCGUUACCUUGUUCCAAGAAAUGUUGAUGCGAGCCACGCGACCGCAACCGUUAAAGCCGAUAUUUAAACGGAAGGAAUUAGAGGAAGCAGCGUUAGCGGUUUCUCAGUAUUUAGCCUCCGAACUGAGACACUCUCCCAUUCAACGAACGGGCCCGUUUUCCGAUCCGGACUCCCCCGCGUCCGAUUGUUCUUUAGUAUCACUUACGUCGAGCCAAAAGAAACAUUGCAGAAGCAACGGAAGAAAAAGUCCUUCGCCUACGAGUCCACUGGUAGCUCAGCUUAUAGAGAUGGGUUUUCCAAAGAAGAGCGUAGAGUUCGCGAUCAAGAAUCUCAGCACCGUGGUAGGAUUUAUCACGGCGGAAAGCGUGGUGGCGUGGUUGCUGGAAAAUCCGGACGCUGCCUUGAGCGACAGCGAAACGUUGUCCAGCGUGUACGGGUUGUCGGAUCCCGAUGAUUCGGCUAGCGACAACAUCGACGAUUCCCCGUCGACCCACGACCCUGUCUCCUCGAACGUGCCGCAAAAUUACAUGAAACGUUCCGAUUUUCUCUGGGUCGACGAGUACGCGAUCUACGUGCGUGACAAUCUGAUUCCCGGGAUGUUGGUACGAUGUUGCAAGAGCUACGAGGAAGUGGAAUACGGUGACGUUGGUCAAGUGAUCAAAAUCGACCCGGAGGGAUUGCACGAUUUGAACGUUCAAGUCGCCUGGCAACGGAAAGGUGGUACGUACUGGGUGAGAUUCAUUCACAUCGAACUGUUGGGUCAUCCGCCAGCGACCCCGGGUCCUGCAGCGCUGAAAAUCGGCGACAAGGUUCGAGUGAAAGCGUCGGUGACGGUGCCGAAGUACAAAUGGGGAUCGGUGAAUCAUCAGAGCGUCGGGGUAGUUACCGGCAUAAUAAACAACGGGAAAGAUGUAUCGGUUGAUUUUCCGCAACAAAGCGGCUGGACUGGUUGCGCGAUCGAAAUGGAAAGAGUACCUUCCUGCCAUCAUUCGGUCUCUUGCAAUUCCUGCCAUCUUCUACCGAUAUCCGGACCUCGGUUCAAGUGCAAGUACUGCGAGAGUUACAACUUGUGCGAGAAUUGCUUUUACACGAAACGUUGCCAUCGGCACGGGUUCAAUCGAAUCGUGGAACCGGGCUCGGCAGCGGUGUACGCCGGUAAACCGGGUAGAUAUCAUCGGCAAGACUUCACGGAAACCUCCUUGAUACACGAUUGGUCCAAAUGCAUUCGGACCUUGAGCGUGUCUUCGCGUGAGAAUUGGGCAACGCGGCUGGUCAACGAGUCCGGACAGUACUGGCAGAGUUGUGGUUUACAGGGUAAACACUGGAUUCGAUUGGAAAUGUUCCCGGGCAUUCUGGUGCAUUCGUUGAAGAUCGUCGUGAACCCGCAGGACAGUAGUUACAUGCCGUCGUUGAUAGCGGUGAACGUUGGCGACUCGUUCACCGGUUUGGUAGAAUUGGCGAUAAUUAGCGUACGACAUACCGACACCAGCGUCCUGUUGCUCCAGGACGUGAAGAAAUAUUACCCUUGUAUCGAGAUCUCGAUAAAACAGUGUCGGAACGGUGGUAUAGAUUGCAAGAUUCACGGACUUCAGAUAGUCGGUAAGAAAAAGCUGUUCGAAAAUCAACUGGCAACGUCGGUAUCGUUUCUAGCUUCGGACUGGGAGAUCGUUCAGGAGCAGAUGAGCUCUCAACGAGCAGCCGAGGUGCCGCAACACUCGGCCGUAUACGUAUGGGGACUGAACGACAAGGAUCAACUUGGAGGUUUGAAGGGAUCAAAGAUCAAGCUGCCCGUUUACAGCGAAGCUCUUUCAAAAUUGAAGCCAGUUCACAUAGCCGGGGGUAGUAAGACUCUUUUCGUAGUCAGUCAAGAAGGAAAAUUAUACGCCUGCGGAGAAGGUACGAACGGUAGGCUGGGCCUCGGCGACGAUAGCAACGUAUGCGAGCCAAAGCUCAUUCCGUUUUUGAGUCAAUACGUGAUCAAGAAAGUGGCGGUGCACUCAGGUGGAAAGCACGCGUUGGCCCUUACGCAGGACGGCAGGGUGUUUUCAUGGGGCGAAGGAGAAGACGGUAAACUAGGCCACGGUAAUUGCUUGUCGCUGGACAAACCGAGACUGAUCGAAUCGCUCAAGUCGAAAAGAAUCCGUGAUAUCGCGUGUGGAUCCGGUCAUUCGGCCGCUAUAACCAGCAGCGGGGAGCUUUACACUUGGGGCUUGGGCGAGUACGGAAGAUUGGGCCACGGCGACACCAGCACCCAACUGAAACCAAAAUUAGUGCAAUCUCUGGUGGGCCAGAGGGUGAUACAAGUCGCUUGUGGCAGCAGGGAUGCUCAGACAAUGGCGUUAACCGCCGAUGGUUCGGUUUAUUCGUGGGGCGACGGGGACUUUGGUAAGCUCGGUCGAGGAGGUAGCGACGGAUGUUACACGCCUUUAUUGGUCGAUCGGUUGAACGGUUUAGGGGUAGUACAGAUUGAAUGCGGUGCUCAGUUCUCCCUCGCGUUGACCAAAUACGGCGAGGUUUGGACGUGGGGCAAAGGAGACUAUUUCCGACUCGGUCACGGUAACGAUCAUCACGUGAGGAAACCUACGCUGGUCGAGGGUCUUCGAGGCAAGAAGGUGAUUCACGUGGCCGUCGGUGCUCUCCACUGUUUAGCGGUGACGGACGCGGGACAGGUUUACGCUUGGGGCGACAACGAUCACGGACAACAGGGAAAUGGAUCGACGAUCGUCAACAAGAAACCAUCGUUAGUGCACGAACUCGACGACACCAGAGUGAACCGAGUUUCAUGCGGCUCGAGUCACAGCAUCGCCUGGGUCUUGACCGACCAACCAGCGGCUAACAAUCAAGAACCGGUUACCUUUCCGACAGCAAAGGAUCCGCUCGGUCAAGCAUCGCUGAGGUUCAAAAAUAUUCUGGACACGGAGGUGGAAGCGGAAGGAGAGAUGGAAAUGGAGACGGAAGCGAACGCUGGACCGAUUCCGUCAUGUUCGAAGAGCAUCGUUCCGGCUAUCGGUAACGUUGGCGAUGCCGAUGCUGCUACCUCUGCUAACAGGCCUUCCCUCUCGAGCAUCAUCCUAUCGUUGGAAAGCGAUGUCGCGAAACAGCAAGCGUUGCAACACGUGAUAAACGCUCUUCGUAUAAUACAGGCAAGGAUAGCCGUGGUAACGGCAUUGCAAAGUCAUUCUACGUUAAGACCGUCGAACAAUAACAACAGCGGUGGAAACGGAGCUGGCAGAUGUAUCAGAGGUGGUGCUAGCGGAGGCGUCGGCGUCGCAGCCGGUGUGACCGGCGGUGUGACCGGCGGUGGCAGCGGAUGUUCCAUCAACGAUUCGGCGAUACCGGUAUCGGACGGAUCAUCGAGCAUCGCCGGAGGACACAGUCACGUGUAUCAGAACGUAGGGGACAGCGCGCAAGGAGGCGGAGAAGCACCCGCGAACGCAGCGGACCUCGUCAAUUUGGUCACCGCUAGUCCUAGGACGAGCCCGGAAUCCGAGGACUACCCGUUGGCGGUAUUUCCCUCGAUGUCCAGUUCGGCCAGUUUAUCUUCGCGUGCCUCCAAAAUGUCCACCAGCGCGAUGAGCGUGAUCGCGGCUACGCUCACGUCUAACGCUCAAAUAGUCGGCGAAGCGGUCGCCGCGAAUUCCAAUCUGGACGACUUUACGUGCACGUUGACCGAAGAGAACGCUAGAAUGUUGGUCGAUCUACUGAAGCUGGCCGUAGCGAACCGAAUAUGCAAGGGAGCCAAGGAAACUAUAUCUUCGGUGCUGAUCGCUUUAGCAAAAACGAACGCCACGAUCCGCAGCAUGGUGUUGGAGCUUUGCAUCACGGAACUCGAGGACACCGUGGCGAACUCGAACAACAGGAGUAACGUGCCGCAACCGGUUGUGCAGGAGAGCCCGCAUCCGUACAUAGACGGCACCACGUUGACCGGUCACGUGAAGAUUCCUGGCGCGGAGGCGCUUAGAAUCGAAUUCGAUCGGCAUUGUUCCACCGAAAGAAGACACGAUCCUCUGACAAUCAUGGACGGGAACAAUCGAGUGGUGGCGGUGAAAUCCGGUCGAAAAUGGAGCGAAUGGGCCGCUGAGAUUCGAAUUGCAGGCGACGAACUCAGAUGGAGAUUCUCCUCGGACGGGUCUGUGAACGGUUGGGGAUGGCGAUUCACCGUUUACCCUGUACUCGCAACCCUCGCGCCUCACGAACUCGUCUCAGAUAGAGCGGUUCUAUCGCAACCGUCUAUCGUGCUUGCGGAAUGUCUUCUUGACAAUAGUCUGAUCAAUUUGGAUAGAAACGUAGCGACUCGGCUCGCUGCCACUUUGGCCCAGUGCAGUCAACUGAGCGUCUUGUCUGCCCGGCAACGAAUGUGGGCGUUGAAGAAGCUGCAAGUGGUAUACACGACUGGACCGGGUAUACGUCCAGAAAUCGCUCUGUCCUCUCUUCUCGGUUCCCUGCCUCAGGCACUACUGAAACAGUACGCCUACGAAGAUCCGUUGGUUCGCGGUGGCAAGCAAUUAAUGCACAGCGAUUUCUUCAAGGUUCUUGUAGCACUCGCCUGCGACCUCGAGCUGGAUGAGAUGCAGUGCUGUUCGGAAAUUCACAAAUGGUCUUGGUUCCGAAGGUAUUGCCUUUCCGCUCGAGUAGCCAAGUCUCUGGUGAAUCGAACACCGUUCCCAAAGGCGUUCUGCCUCGAAGUUACGAAACGAAUAAACGAGAUGAUCACGGACGGCGAGGGGAACACGAAGGAUCACGAGAAUCACGAGCUGUUCAAGCAAGAGCACGACGAACAAUUGUUGCUGUGGUUGAAUCGAAGACCGGAAGAUUGGACGUUAUCGUGGGACGGAUCCGGCGCGAUAUACGGCUGGGGUCACAAUCAUCGCGGUCAACUGGGUGGCCUCGAGGGCGCGAAGGUAAAGUUGCCCGUUCUUUGCGAGAGCUUGUCCGCACUUCGACCCGUUCAGCUCACCGGCGGAGAGCAAACUCUAUUCGCGGUCACUGCCGAUGGAAAAGUCUACGCGACCGGAUACGGCGCAGUUGGACGUCUGGGAAUCGGUGGCACGGAUUCUGUUAUGGUGCCAACCCUUUUGGAGUCCAUACAACACGUAUUCGUGAAAAAGGUAGCGGUCAAUUCAGGAGGUAAACAUUGUCUCGCUUUGAGUUCCGAGGGUCACGUGUACUCCUGGGGCGAGGGCGAUGAUGGGAAGCUAGGACAUGGAAACAGAUUGUCGUACGACCGACCGAAAUUGAUCGACGAAUUACUCGGGACCGAAAUUGUCGAUAUAGCCUGCGGCGGUCAUCAUAGCGCGGCGAUCACGAGUGCCGGUUGGCUCUACACCUGGGGAAAAGGUUACCAAUGUCGGUACGGACGUCUAGGCCACGGAGAUAGCGAAGAUCAAUUGACGCCCAAGUUGGUCGAAGCUCUACAAGAUUACAAAGUAAUCGACGUCGCUUGCGGAAGCGGAGACGCGCAAACCCUUUGCGUCACCGACGACGACAACGUUUGGAGCUGGGGCGACGGAGACUACGGGAAAUUGGGUAGAGGAGGUAGCGACGGUUGCAAGGUUCCAAUGAAAAUCGAUUCUCUUGCUGGACUUGGCGUGAUCAAAGUUGAAUGCGGUAGCCAAUUUUCUGUCGCUUUGACUAGAUCAGGAGCUAUAUACACGUGGGGUAAAGGGGAUUACCAUCGGUUGGGUCACGGCACGGACGAUCACGUGCGAAGACCGCGGAAAGUAGCUGCGCUUCAAGGGAAAAAGAUCAUCUCUAUCGCGACAGGCUCGUUGCAUUGCGUAGCGUGUUCCGACAAAGGGGAAGUAUUCACCUGGGGCGACAACGACGAAGGCCAGCUAGGCGAUGGAACGACGUGCGCUCUUCAAAGACCGAGACUGGUUCACGCGUUACAGGGUAAAAAGAUAACUCGCGUCGCCUGCGGUAGCGCGCACACUUUAGCCUGGAGUACGAUGAAGGCUACUCAAAGCAGAAUGCCUGCCACCACACCGAUGGAGUACGAUCUUGUGAAAGAUCUUCCGUUCCCUGUCUUGCACAACCGAUUGGUGCUACUUCACCACUUUGCCGAAUUGCUUUGCCCGUGUUUACCGAUGUUUCCAAUCACCGGUCCCAUCAGCCUUGGUAAACUGGCUCCGAUAUUAGUGUACAGCAUUAAAGAAGCAACCUUCCGUAAAGUAGUUCAAGCAACGAUGGUCAGAGAUCGCCAACACGGGCCGGUGAUUGAAUUAAAUCGGAUACAAGUUAAACGAGCCAGAGGCAAAGGUGGAUUUGCAGGGCCAGAUGGCAUGAAGUCUGUCUUUGGUCAAAUGGUCUCAAAGAUGUCGUUGUUGACGCAGGACGUUCUCUUCUUCCCCCACAGAGUAUGGAAAGUGAAAUUCAUCGGAGAGAGCGUAGACGAUUGUGGCGGCGGAUAUAGCGAGAGUAUAGCAGAGAUGUGCGACGAAUUACAAAACGGUUCCCUACCGUUACUUAUACCGACACCGAACGGUCGUGACGACAACGGCACCAACAGAGAUUGUUUCCUCUUAAACCCGGCCGCCGAUUCACCGUUGCACAUGAACAUGUUCCGAUUUCUGGGAAUCUUAAUGGGCAUAGCCAUCAGAACCGGUAGCCCGUUGAGUCUGAAUCUAGCGGAACCUCUGUGGAAACAACUCGCCGGUAUUCCAUUAACUCCGGCAGAUUUGACCGAAGUCGACAGAGAUUAUGUUCCCGGAUUAUUGUGUAUACGAGACAUGGAUCCCGACGAAAAGGUAUUUCAGACUCUUGAAAUGCCUUUCUCUACACCGUCGGCUGUAGGGCAUGAUGUACCUUUAUCCAGUAGGUACCGGAAAAUUACGCCGGAAAACAAGCACGAGUACGUUCAGUUGGCAUUGGAUUAUAGGCUACACGAGUUUGAUGCUCAGGUAGCUGCUGUACGCGAAGGAAUGUCGAAAGUUAUACCUGUGCCUUUCCUGGCGUUGUUUAGCGGAUCCGAACUGGAGACGAUGGUCUGCGGAAGUCCAGAUAUACCGCUUACUUUAUUAAAAUCUGUUGCAACUUAUAAAGGUAUCGAAGCGACCUCGCCUCUGAUUCAAUGGUUCUGGGAGGUGAUGGAAGAAUUCUCUAACCAAGAAAGGUCCCUCUUUCUACGAUUCGUCUGGGGUAGAACUCGAUUACCGCGCACCAUUGCUGACUUUCGAGGAAGAGAUUUUGUGUUACAGGUACUGGACAAGUAUAAUCCACCAGACCACUUUCUGCCUGAAAGUUACACGUGCUUCUUCCUUUUGAAAAUGCCAAGGUAUUCGUGUAAACCGGUAUUGCGACAAAAACUAAAGUACGCGAUACAUUUCUGUAAAAGUAUCGACACUGACGAAUACGCUAGGGUACAAGCUGCGACCAAUUCAGACACCGAAGAAACGGACAAUCUUUCUAGCGAGGAGUACACAUCGCUUUAACGAACUCUUCCAUACGAUCAAAUUACUGUUUUUUUAUCGUGAACCUUUUUUUUUUA